UGGUGGCUCUUCCCAACGCCCGAAAAAUGAAAGACAUCAUCAAUCGCCCAAACAUUCAAUCAACACUUACUCAUAUUUAACAACAAAACCAACCAUCAAAUCCAAAAUCUUAUAAAAUAAUCAAUCAUUCAUUCAUUCAUUAGUUAUUAUAAUCAUUAGUAGCUCCCAUUGAAUGGGGAGAUGGAGAACCUCCCUGCUUUUUUCAAGAUUCGCCGCCGAUUCUUUUUCUCAAAAAUCCCAACCUAAUUUCAUUUUCCGGCGUCUCAUUACACCUCUAAAUCACAGUUUUAGGCCUAAUUGUUUAACACCCACUAAUCAAGUUUGUAUCUUUAGACCGUUUAAUUCAUACCCAUCUGCUGCAAGUCCACUUUUUGAUCUUGGUAAUCAUAAUUAUUAUAAUAAUAAUGAGCAUGAUGAACAUAUAUAUGACCAAGAAUAUUAUAUGCACAAUGAUGAUGAUGAUGAUGCUGAGUUGGCCAAGAUUUCUGUUAAAGCUAUCUUUCUUUGUACCAGUGUCGAUUUGAAGGGCUUGCAAGUUGAGAUGUCAAGCCAUGUUGUUCGUCCAACCUCCCGCUCAACAAACCAUACAGCCCUUAGAUUUUGCAAAUUUACUUCAGAUUACAUGGAGAUUGCUGUUGAAGAAAAUCUUAGCUAUCAUAGUUACAUGGUGGUGUUUCAAUAUGGAUCUGCUGUCUUGUUCAACAUGGAGGAUAAUGAAAUAGAAUCGUAUCUUAACAUUAUAAAAAGACAUGCUACUGGAGUACUUAAAGAUGAAGACACAAGAAAAGAUGAUUAUAUCGUCAAGGAGAAGCCAUUGUUGACUGAGGACAUGCAGGCUGGCCCAGAUUACAUUGUUUUGAAAAACCUUGAUAUUGACAGUAUACGUAUCAUUAGUAGUGUGCUUGGCCAAAGUAUUGCAUUGGAUUAUUUUGUUUCUCAGGUUGAUGGCAUGGUUGAAGAAUUUACAGAUAUCAAUCGUCUAAUGGAGAAAACCGGCACGUUUACCAUGGAGAGGAAGAAGCUCUUCCAGCUGGUUGGAAAGGCUAAUUCAAAUCUAGCUGACGUGAUUUUGAAAGUAGGAAUUUUUGACAGAUCAGAGAUUGCCUGGAGAGACGCAAAAUAUGCUCAAAUUUACGAGUACCUACGUGAGGAAUAUGAAGUCACCCAACGCUUCGGGAAUCUUGAUUAUAAACUCAAGUUUGUGGAGCAUAAUAUUCAUUUUCUGCAAGAAGCCCUUCAAAACCGGAAGUCAGAUCUCUUGGAAUGGUGCAUCAUAGUGUUGCUGAGCAUUGAGAACAUUAUAGGAUUAUAUGAAAUCAUACGGGAAGCGAAUAUAGUCACAAUGAUUUGAUGAAUGGAUAAAGAUAAAUCAAUCUUAUAGGUGGUUUAGUUUUUCUGGUUAGAACAUAGGCUGAAACAGGAAGAUUAUGCUAAGUAGCUAACCCCAAAGAAUGUCUAUAUACUUAUGUUUUUUGACAAUUGCAAUUAAAUGUGAAAUGGUGAAGUGGCAUUUACUUCUGAAAGAAA